CGCGGACCGGUGCUCCGGCUCGGGGAAGAAGCAGCUCCCCACAUUCCCACACUGGGCCGGCUUCGACGGCAGAGGAGGCCGCGCACUGGCCGGCGGCCCCCGCUCCGGGCUCCUGAUGGCGCACAGCUGCGGCCGGGACCUUCCUGUUUCUUUGCGCGCCGCGCCCAGCCCAGGCAAGGCCCGCCUCGCCCUCUCUCCACCCCCCGGGCGCCGCCGAGCGAGGAAGUGGCCGGCCUCGGAGGAGUCGCGCACGGCUGCAGACAGUUGCCGUUUCCAUCCACCUUGGCUGGAGGAGGCACGAGCCGCCUCGGCGCGCAAAGGGGCCCCCCGACGAGGAGGAGCUGGGACCGGAGUUGCUGCUGUUGCGCGCCUCGCCCCUGAGCGCAGGACAACACUUUUCUGGGCUGUAAUUAAUACUGAGGAUUUCCGUUUCCCGAGCUGGAUGAGCAUCGUCAACUUCUGACAGCUCCGUUUCGGUAAUUAAAUGUAUCGGACAGUCGACUCUCUGGAGCAUCCUAGCAGCAGCCCAGAAUGUACUGGUGCGUCGGAUCGGAGAACUCUGCUGACAACUGCGAGGACAACAACAUGGAGGUUCAAGAGGUUCAGCGGAUGUGCUUCCAUAUGCUCCAUCUGACACAUUUUUGAACAAUUCUGCUACUCGCCACUUGCUUCUUAGUCUCUCGGUGUCAGCUCCGCAAUUGAGAAUCAAGCAGCAAAAGCAUUAAACUGGUGAACUGCAGCCGCGGCCAUCUGGUGUCAAGCAGGAAUUCGAUGUCUGAGGUCAUCCUGGAAGAUCUCUACCCCUCACCCCCUCCCACCUCUGCCCCCUUAUUUAGCUGAGAACCCAAAGCUUGGGUUUCACUUUGAUGGGACGCAAGGAUGCUCUCCUUUUUUUCAGAGGGGAAAAACGCUGCUUUUCAACCACGGGGCAUCUUAACAGCUCAGCGGCAGGGAAGCUUGUGAAGGAGCUAGUUUUGCAACAUUCAGUGGGUCAAUGGUCAAACAGUUCCCAGCUUAUUUACUGGACUUGCAGGUUGUGUUCGCUCAAUUGCUGACUUUAAAUUCUGGUUGCUGAAAGGUUUUGGUACUGCUUUUCUGAAUAAUGACAAGGUCCUGCGGAGAUGGGGGGGAAACAGUCCGCAGCCAGCGAUCUCCCCAUCGACCAGUCUCCUGUGACGGAGACCGUCCAGGGUGCUUACCAAAAUGGAGAAUUCGUUCGAGCCCAAGAAUUGAUUAAAAUCGCAUGUCAGGAAAACAGCCCUCCAGUGGAAAAGUGCCACUUCUUGAGUCUUUCGGCAGCCUACGGGGACCUGGAAACCGUGAAGUAUUUGCUGAAAGAAGCCUCCUUGACGUUGCCUUCUGAACCCACUGACGACAACCCAGCUGUGAUGGCAGCGUAUUUCGGUCACAAAGAUGUCACACAAGAACUGCUAGGUUCCUUCUUUGGUAAAACUAACUACCUGUCGCUCCUGAACUGGAUGCUGGCCAUUGCCUGCCAGCAGGGCCAUUUAGAGGUAGUCAAGCUGCUAGUCCUCACCUAUAAUGCAGAUCCAGACAGCUGUGCCGUGAGAAAGAACGAGUUUCCGAACCUUAGCAGGCUGCCGCUCUAUGCAGCUGUAAAAGCAGGUCAUGAGGAUGUUGCUGCCUUCUUGCUUCAGAAUGGGUCUUUCUUUUGUUCCUACGUCCUGAUGGACUGUUCCAGCAUGAGCAAACGCCUCCUUCGCAGAUAUUUCAUAGAAACCGCCACUGUACCCAGGAGUGCUCCUGCCAAAACAGUUCUUUGUGUGAAUUGGUCAAACCUCCGGCUUCCUUGGGUGGAUCUAGAUUGGCUGAUCGAUAUUUCCCACCAGAUCACUGAACUGGAUCUCUCUGCCAACCACUUGACGUGCCUUCCGUCCAUUAUCCCAUGGGGCCUGAUCAGUCUCCAGAAGCUCAACCUUGCCGAGAACCAAUUGAGCAAACUGCCCGAUGUCCAUUCUUCGGAUGGAAUUAUAUGCACCAAGUUACUUGAGAUUGACAUUUCCAGCAACAGGUUCCUCAGCCUUCCCUCUGGAUUCCUGCACCUUUCCAGACUCCAAAGACUUAUGGCUGCCAAAAAUUAUUUGGAAAAAUUAUUUGAUGAGGAGAAUGCAACCAACUGGAUUGGAUUACGGAAACUGGUGGAGUUGGACGUCUCGGACAAUAUGCUGGUGGAACUGCCUGUGAACAUUCUGCACUGUUUGAAAUCACUCGCCUUCCUGAAUGUGUCGAGGAACCAUCUGAAAGUGUUCCCUCAGCCAUGGGCCUGCCCCUUGAAAUGUUGCAAAGCAUCUAGGAAUGCCCUGGAGUCUUUGCCAGAUACUUUGGCUGUCUUCUGGAAAAAUCAUCUCAAGGAAGUGGAUUUUUCUGAAAAUUCCCUAAAAGAAGUUCCUCAGUGUCUCUUCCAGCUUGAAGUGUUGGUAUCGCUGAAACUCUCAGGAAACCAGCUGAUCAUGUUGCCCUCCCAGGACAAGUGGUCUUGCCGGCAGCUGAAGUCUCUGGAUCUCUCGAAGAACCAGCUGGGCAAAACGGGCGAAGGAGCCAAAACUAAGCGGAUUUUGUUUUUCUCUACAUGGAGCAGAGGCCGCGCCAGCACAGAGACCGGUUCCGCCUUGGAGUUUCCUGAAUACUUGUGUGAGUCCCUUGAAGUUCUCUGUCUGAACGACAACCAGCUGGAUGCUAUUCCCCAGUCAGUCUGCCUUCUCAAAGGAUUAUCCGAGCUUUACUUAGGAAAUAACGUCGGCAUUCAAGAACUUCCUCCUGAACUUGGACAACUAGCUAAUCUUUGGCAGCUGGAUAUUGAGGAACUCAAUAUCGUCAACCUUCCUGCGGAGAUCAGAAAAGAGGGCCCCAAGACCAUCUUAGCUUACCUGAGAGCCCAGCUCCGUAAAGCCGAGAAAUGCAACCUCAUGAAAAUGAUUGUGGUGGGUCCCCCACGGCAAGGGAAAUCCACGCUGAUUGAGGCCAUGCAGACAGGCAGAGCUUCCCUCUCGAUGCCCGACAACACCACCAUCCAGACCACAAAAUGGGAGCUUCAGGCACAGGCUGGAUUCAAAUCAAAGGUUGAUUCAGUCGAAUUUAACGUCUGGGAUAUUGGGGGCCCCGCCAGCAUGUCGACAGUCAAUCAGUGUUUCUUCACAGAUAAGGCUUUGUACGUCGUCGUCUGGAACUUGGCGCUGGGGGAAGAAGCCGUCGCGAAUCUUCAGUUCUGGUUGCUGAAUAUCGAGGCCAAGGCACCCAACUCUGUGGUGCUGGUGGUAGGGACGCACCUCGAUUUGAUUGAGACAAAAUUCCGUGUGGAGAGGAUCGCCACUCUGCGUGCAUACGUCCUUGCUGUCUGUCGCUCUCCUUCUGGUUCGCGAGCCACUGGCUUCCCUGAUAUCACACUGAAACACUUACAUGAGCUUUCGUGUAAAACGCUCGAAGGCCUGGACACGCUCCGCCAGCUGAUCUACCACAUCACUUGCAACAUGAAAGACGUGGGAAGUUCAAUUUGCUCGCAGAGGCUUGUUGGGAGGCUGGUCCCAAGGAGUUACCUGAGCCUCCAGGAAGCCAUCCUCGCUGAGCAACUGAGCAGAAGCCAGAACGACAACGUGCAGUACCUGACAGACAAGGAAAUCGAGCAAAUCAUAGAGAAAACCCCAGGAAACGACAUCAAAGACUAUGAGGACCUGCAGUCUGCCAUCAGCUUCCUGAUAGAGACGGGGACGCUGUUGCAUUUCCCAGAUACGAGCCACGGGCUGAGAAAUCUCUAUUUCCUGGACCCCGUUUGGCUGUCGGAGUGUCUGCAGCGCAUCUUCAACAUCAAAAGCUCCAAGUCGGUGGCGAAGAACGGCGUCAUCAAAGCCGAGGACCUCCGGAUGCUGUUGGUUGGGACAGGAUUCACCAAGCAGACCGAAGAACAGUAUUUCCAGUUCCUUGCCAAGUUUGAAAUUGCCCUGCCGGUAGCCAACAACAGUUACCUCCUUCCCCAUCUGCUUCCUGCUAAGCCAGCAUUCGAUAUUCACGGUUUGCGCCAUCACACAACCAACACCAUCCAGAGGGUCUUCAAGAUGAGUUUCGUCCCCGUUGGCUUUUGGCAAAGGUUUAUCGCUCGCAUGCUCAUCAGCCUUGCCGAAAUGGAUCUCCAGUUCUUUGAAAACAAGAAGAACGCCAAAAGCAGGAACAAACGGUCUGUUAUCUACAGCUUCACAGGCACACAGAGAAACAGAUGCAGCACCUUCCGGGUGAAGAGGAAUCACACCAUCUAUUGGCAGGAGGGGCUCUUUGUCACCUUUGAUGGAGGCUACGUGAGCGUGGAAUCUUCUGACGUGAACUGGAAGAAGAAGAAAAGUGGAGGCAUCAAGAUCAUCUGCCAGUCGGACAUGAGGGAUUUUUCAGGGAUGGCUUUUAUUACCGACCACGUCAAUUCUCUGAUAGACCAGUGGUUUCCUGCUCUCACCGCCACUGAGAGCGAUGGAACACUGCUGAUGGAACAGUACGUCCCCUGCCCAGUCUGUGCAACCUCUAAAGCGCAAGAUGACCAGAAAACAGAAGAUGUGCAGUACUUCAACAUGGAGAACUGUGUCCUAAAUGCCAUCGAGAUGGACACAAUCGCCUGUGCUCACCACCCAGAUACACCCGUCCCUUUGCAGGAGCUGGUCCCGGAGCUUUUCAUGACAGAUUUCCCUACUAGGUUAUUUUUGGAAAACAGGAAGCUGGAAUACACCGAAAAUGAAAACAAUGUUCUCGGCCAAGGAGGAAGUGGGACGGUUAUAUAUCGGGCACAGUACCAAGGGAAACCAGUAGCCGUGAAGCGGUUUCAGAUUAAAAAAUGCAUGAGUUCUGCCAGUUCGGCUACAGACACGAUGCUGAGACACCUGCGUGCCAUGGAUGCCAUGAAGAACUUCUCUGAGUUCCGGCAGGAAGCGAGCAUGCUCCACUCCCUGCAACACCCCUGUGUCGUCGCCUUGAUUGGAAUCAGCAUCCAUCCGCUCAGUUUUGCCUUAGAGUUGGCCCCUUUGGGCAGCCUCACCACCGUGCUGUCGGAACACUCGAAAGGGUCCUCUUUUAUCCCCCUGGGGCACAUGCUAACUCUGAAAAUGGCAUAUCAGAUUGCGACAGGUCUGGCCUACCUCCAUAAGAAGAACAUCAUUUUCUGUGACCUGAAGUCGGACAACAUUCUCGUGUGGUCUCUAGAUGUGAAAGAGAGCAUCAAUAUAAAACUGUCGGACUACGGGAUUUCUCGACAGUCCUUCCACGAAGGGGCUCUAGGCGUGGAGGGCACGCCUGGGUACCAAGCCCCAGAGAUACGGCCUCGGAUUGUCUAUGACGAAAAGGUGGACAUGUUUUCCUACGGAAUGGUGCUCUAUGAGUUGCUGUCCGGCCAACGGCCCGUGCUUGGGCAACACCAGCUUCAGAUUGCUAAAAAGCUCUCCAAGGGGAUCCGGCCCAUCCUUGGCCAGCCAGAAGAGGUGCAGUUCCAUCGGUUGCAGGUGCUGAUGAUGGAAUGUUGGGACACCAAGCCUGAAAAGCGCCCACUGGCCACAACGGUGGUAGGACGAAUGAAGGACCCAACGUUUGCUACGUUCAUGUACCUGCUGCCGUGUGGGAAACAGUCCUCCUUCUUCUCUUCCCAAGGGCAAGAGUACACCGUGGUUUUCUGGGAUGAGAAGGAAGACACCAGGAACUACACGGUGGUGAAUACAGAGAAAGGGCUCAUUGAAGUAGCGAGAAUAAACUGCCCGGGGAUGAAGCUCUGCUGCCAAUUGAAAAUUCAGAGCUCUCUCUGGACAGCCACAGAGGACCAGAAGAUAUAUGUGUACAGCCUACAAGGCAUGUGUCCUCUGAAGAUGCCACAAAAAGGUGUAGAUGUUCCAGCUACUGUAACCUGUUUCCUGGCAGUACCAGUUGUGAAGAAGAGUUCCUCCCUGGUGCUGGCUGGCCUUUCCGAUGGGCUCAUUGCCGUCUUCCAGGUGCUGCGCGGCAUCCCGGAUGACACCUGUUGCUACCUUUGCUCGCGCACUGCGAAUCGCUCCCUGUUCCACAUCAGUGAUGACGACUCCCGCCAGAACCCUUACCCCGUGAAGGCCAUGGAAACGGCCAACGCCGGGACCGAGGUCUGGUACAGCAACGGCCCCGGCAUCCUCAUCAUAGACCUCGCGACCCUGCAGAUCACCCGGAGGCUGGAGCCUUUUGAGCCGCCGUCCACAAUUGUGUCCAUCGCCUGCAGCUCCGAGUGCAACGGAGAGGAGGUGGCCUGGUGCCUGGACGCUACGACCAACUUCCUGGUGAUGUAUUACACCGCCACCUACCAGCUCUGCGCACGGUACUUCUGCGGGGACUGCAGCCCGCUGCGGGACAUGUUCACCAUCCAGCAGCCCUCUGCCUUGAUCCCCACCAUGCUGGCCACAAACAUGGACGCGGCUCCCGAGAGCACCCCUUUGGCGGACGUCAGCAUCUUCCACAGCCAGGAGCUCGGCACUCAGAUAUUGAACCAUCGGGACUCUCUGACGGACUACUGCUCCGUGUCGUCCUACUCCCCCUCGUCUCCCAACCGGAUGGUGAGGUCCCCUUCGAGCUGGCUGAGCACCCCCACGAGCUCCUCCAGCGUGCCUUUCUUGGCAGAUUGCGAGGAGGCGGACAAACUUCAGGAACUGAACCCUUCCCCUGAGGGGCUGGCAAAUGAUUUGGACCCCGCGCGGUGUCUCCAGGCAGUGACGAUCCUCCCCGUCAAAGACCUCAUAUGGAUUCCCAGGCGAGGCGGCGAUAUCAUUGUGAUCGGCUUGGAGAAGGAAGACGUCUCUCAGCGGGGGAGAGUCAUUGCUGUGCUGAAGGCUGCGGAGCUGGCAUCUUGUGGGUCACUGGUUGAUGCUGCAAUCCUGGCCAAAGACACAGUUGUGUGCUGCUUCAGGAACGAGAAGGCGGAGUGGUGCUUAGCUGUCUGGAGAAGCUGGGGAGCGAAGGACUUUGACAUUUUCUACCAGUCCUACGAAGAGCUGAGUAGGCUUGAGGCUUGCAUGCGAAAACGAAGGUAGCACUUUGGGGACGGAGAGGCAAGAACUGGCUGGACAGCGACAGACAGAAAACUGACAAGAGUUUAAGUUUCUGCAAACAUCCAUGCUAUAGUCUUUUCCCCCCUUUUCUUUAAAGAGGUUGCUGUUCAAGUUUGCUGCUAAAAGGCACUCCAA